AUGGCCUCUAACUACAAGAUCAUCAUGGUAGUCGGUGUGAUAGAGCGAGAUGGUGGCACCCUCUACUGCUCGAUCUUCUACUACGGGCCUGAUGGAUACAUGGGAAAACACCGAAAGCUGAUGCCAACAGAGUUAGAGCGAUGUAUUUGGGGAUUCGGAGAUGGUUCAACGAUGCCGGUAUUUGACACUCCGCUGGGAAAGAUUGGUGGAGCGAUUUGCUGGGAGAAUUACAUGCCGUUGUACCGUGUGACUCUAUACAGCAAAGGUUCUCUUACGAGGCGGUUCCUGUGCCAUCGAUCCUUGGGAAAAGUACUCGUGGAACCAGAUUUUACAAAGGAGCUAAUACAUUACGUCAACAUAGAUCUAUCCCAAAUUGCUCGCGGUAAGAUGGAUCUGGACACUGUGGGACAUUAUAGCCGUCCAGACGUGUUCCAGCUUACUGUUAACGAGAAGCCCUUGAAAACAGUGAUCAGACACUAA